AUGAGUCCUGGCGGGAGCGCCCGUGCUCUGCACCCGGACGGCGAGCUCUUCCUGGGCUCCUCCAACAACGCAGCCAACUCACCACCUGUCGUCGAGCCUCUGCGCAUCAACAAGCGGGAUUCCGCCUCUCCAGCCUCCGCAUCCAGCCCGCCCAUUAACCCGCUGCCUUACCCCGACGACCGACCUCGACUCCAGACCCGUACCUCGAGUUCCAGCGAUGGUCGUCCCACGGAUCGAUAUGGGUCUCCACCGGCUGGUUCCGGUGCUAUAAGCCCGGCCGACUAUCCCCACGCUCUACGACCGCGCGACGGCCGGGAGGGUCGAGUCGCAACGCUGGCCGAGCGACGGGGUGCUGCGCCCAGACCGCUCCCCGAGUCUCCUGCAGAUGCGCCGGACCGAGACACACUCGCAAACAGGCCGUACCCUCGUCCUCCUCCUGCUGCCCCGCCGGCGGCGGGGAGUACAUUGGAUGGAAACCAGUAUGCGGACUACGGUCAACAGUACUAUCCUCCGCCUCAAGCAAGACCAUCAUCCAUGCUUCAGCCGCCUCAGGCGAAUAACAGUUCCGUCCAUCGGAUCAACUCAACUGCCUCGACGUCUACCACCCUAGCUCAGCGAGGGUCGCCCCCGCCGCCGGAGACGCCGGUUGUGGGACCGGGCCAGCAGCCUGCGAAUGAUAUCGAGGCCCGUUACGCUGCGGCUGGUAUUGCAGGCACCUCGACGCUUUCGGGGAUCCAGUCGCAGAGUGCAGCGGCUCAGAGACGAGCUGAGCAAUACUUUGGGCAGCAGCCGGCACAGCAUCGGCCAUGGACUCCGACUGAGCAGCCGGGCACACAGCCUCAUGGGCCUCCCACGGUCUAUCAGGGUGCUGAGGUUGUGAGUCCGACCAAUCCGCCAGCAGGGGGAUAUCAGUUUAGCGGCCCUCCAUCCCAACAGUCUACGCCAGUGCCGCAGCCGCAGCAGCAGGAGCAGGAGCAACCACCGUCGAGAAUUGCGCCCAAUCCGCUAGAGCAGGAUAUGGACCGAAUGCGCCUUAGUUCCUCUCCUCCUCCGGCAUACUCCAGCGUCUCCGGCUCGGCUGCAUCGAGCGCAUAUCCGAACGAGAAGCCGAAUGGAGCUGCGGCUGUGGCAUCUGCCGGUCCCGCCGGGGAGCAUCCAGCAACGGCUAGUCAAGCUGCUGGGGCGGCUGCGGCCAUUGGGUCCGCGGCCUCGCCAGCGCCAACAGCGUCUACGCAGGAUCAUCCCGCGUUCGCCAAUGACCCGAGGCUGCAGCAGAAUAUGGGACAUUCCCCACAGAGCGCUGCUGUGAACAGUCAGGCCGCAGCGUAUCAGCAGCAGAUCACUUCGCCCACGGCUGGUGGACCUCCUCCGGCAUCUCCUCCGCCUCUUCCAGAGGGUUGGAUUGCGCACCUGGACCCCAGCUCAGGACAGUACUACUAUAUUCACUUGCCCACGCAGUCGACCCAGUGGGAGUUUCCCAAGGGACCUACACCGCUGAACCUCAACGAAACACCCUUGUCCCCCGUGGGCAGCGUGUAUGGUGGUCAUCCUAUCACCUCUCCAGGUCUCUCGGCAUUUGGGAAGCCAAUGGCGUCGCCAGGCGUACCUUUGACACCUGGAUUUGAGAGUUUGCAGUCUCCAGUCAUGUCGGGUUUCUCGGGGCCUCCUCCGAGCAGUGGCGUGGAUGUUUACAAGACCGCCCCCACGAACGGAGUUUACUUCGGUCCCUAUCUACGAUACACCAAUAUGGACCUUGAGCGCGGCCUCUGGAUGGGUUCCAUCUUGCUGGUGACGGAUGCCCAGCAGCCACCGACGAUCCAUCUUCACCAGAGCGUGGAUCUGUCCCCAAGCCCAAGACAGCUGAAAGCAACCAACAUUGCAGUUCAUCAGCGUUGGAUCUUCUAUAAGUACGAGGUCGACGUGCGCAUGGAUGAACAUGGUCCCGCAAAAUGGACUUAUGCCAUCACCUCGCACCUCGGGUGCACUCGCUACGAAUUCCUCGUCGCGGGUCGAUAUGAAACCAACUGGCGGUUCAUUGCCACCUCCGGGAACGACUUCUCCAUCAACGUGAAUGCCAAUGAGCGAUCUCGUCUGGGUGGGGUUGGCUACAUGUGGAAGGAUAUCAUGCAAAAGCACAACGAAAUCGGAGGGUUCCACACUCAAUUGUGUAUCGGUGGCCAAAUCUAUGCGGAUCGCAUGUGGAAGGAGGUUCCGUCCCUCAAGCAGUGGUUGGGGAUCAGUGGGAAGGAAGCCCGGAAGAAUGCCCCUUGGGCAGCGGCGCACGAGCAAGAUGUCUCCCACGCAUACUUCCACUACUACACCAGUCAUUUCGACCAGCCUUAUCUGCGAGAGUCGUUUGCACAGAUUCCUUAUAUUUGCCAGAUCGAUGACCACGACAUUUUCGAUGGCUUCGGCUCUUACCCCGAGCACAUGCAGUUCUCAAACAUGUUCAAAAACAUCGGCCGCAUUGGUAUCGAGAUGUACCUCCUCUUCCAGCACCACACCACCCUCGACAUUCUCCGCAAUGUCAACAACGAUAUGGAUCUGUUCACGAUCACGGGCACGGGUUGGCACUUCGUCAAAUAUCUUGGUCCCGGCGUCGUCGUCGUCGGCCCCGACUGCCGCUCCGAGCGCAACCCGCAUCAAGUCAUGGCCGGUCCCACGUACCAGGGUCUGUUCCCCAAAGUCGCCAUGUUGCCCCCUAGUGUGCAGCACUGCCUCUGGAUGGUUCCUGUGCCCGUCAUUUACCCUCGACUGGGAACGGCAGAGAAUAUCGCGCAAACUGUCACCACAGGCAAGCGCGCCGUGACCAGUGCGUAUAACGUCCUGGGGAAGGUGACUAGUUCCGUGGCUGGAGUGGUCGGCGCCAAGGACGUGGUCGGCUCAGGCUUCGACUCGGUCAAGCGUGCAGUGGGUAAAUCCGGGCUUAUGGGUGGGAUUCUGAGUCCAUUCGGCGAGUUCGAUCUCAUGGACGAGUUGCGCGAUCAAUGGACUCACGAAUCAAAGGACCUCGAGCGUACAUACCUCAUCCGUACGCUCCAGGGAAUCGCCCACCAAAAGUCCCUCCGGAUGACCUUCCUCUCCGGCUCCGUGAACGUCUGCGGUGCGGGUCUCGUCCACGAUCCAUCUCAACCAUCCGACCACAAGACAAUGUACCAGCUCAUCUCCUCCCCCGUCGUGAACACCCCACCGCCCUCAUACAUCAUCAAGCUACUCCACAGCUACAACAAACCGCUCUAUGUCCCGGCCAACGGCCACCGCUCCACGCCAUCCCAGCCCACAGACACAAAAGAAGACAUGAUGGAGAUCUUCCAGGCCGAUGUCUCUGGCCAGGCGCGUGAGCACCGCAAGCUGAUGGGUCGGCGCAACUACGUCGCUAUCGUCGCCUAUGAUCCUGAGACUGUUACCCCAUAUUCGGGUCAUCCGGGCCCCGUGCAGAGUCCUAAUGGGAAGCUUAGUCUUGCGGCGGACUUUAUGGUUCAGGGUGACGGAUCCUUGGGGAAUGUGGUCAAGUAUGGUCCUGUUAUUGUGCCGAGUUUGGAACAUGGAAGGUAA